AUGGUGGCCGGCCUCUCCACCUCGCCGAACACAAGCAACAACGGCACCGGGCUUGACACGGGACACAGAAAACGCGGCAUCUGCGGCGAUGCCGUUUUGAAGGAUUACCUAAACACUUUGCCGGCUGACUUUGAAGGUGACGCCUGCCCCCCACUCACUGAUGACAACGAACGGAUGGAGCAUGAGCUGGCGAAGCUCGACCGCAGUGGCCUCACGCAACGCGUCGCAAGCGUGACGCGGCGCUGCAACGAGGCGCUGAUGGAGUUGCUUGAGCAGGAACAGCAGAUGGGCAACAGGCUCUCCGAGGUGCGGUACCUGGAGUCUCGGCUGAGUGACCGGGAAGACGAGGUAGAGAUGCUGCGGUUGCAGUUACAGGCGUCUGACGACCACAUAGAAGGACUGCUCCGCGAGAAGGCGGAUGUCUUGCGAAUGCUGACUGAAUCCAAGAACGAGUUGGCACACGUCAGCGCUAAGGCCGCCAGUCUGCAGCGGGACCUCAACGCCAAAACGAAGCAUGAGAAUAACCUUCUGAGCCCUUUGUGGAGCACACCUCGUGCUGCCUCGGUAGAUGUGGCGUCUCCUCUCCCUGCCUUAAUGGCACAAUCCUUGUCUGAGCAAAGGGUACACUGCGGCGGGAAUGGCAGCGGUAACGGGGAAAGUUUGCAAAAUGGAUUUGCAUUGAACCGAGCUUUACGGGGGGAGGGAGCUUCCGUAUCUGAGGUUGCAGGGGCGGUGCCACCUGUGGCGUCUGACCUCCAAAGGCCUGCUUCUCGGCAGGCGAGCUCACACGUAGUGGGGCCGUCUUCUGCAGGCGUUGUGCAGGGAAUUGAGGCAGCGCAAAACGAGGGAGUCUGUUUGCACAGUAGCAACUCCGAAAACGUUGACUGGCGCAAACGUUGCCUUGAAUACCAGAAGCGGAAUGAGUUUUUAGAAAAGGAACUUACCAAGACGCAAUUUUCCAGCAGCAGCGCUUCCAAGGAAUUGACUCUAGAUUCGCUUAAUGGUGAGAUGUCGCAUGCACACGUCUUUGUGCAGGAGCUUCACUCCCGGCUAAGGCGCACUAUGGAGAAGCUGGGGCGGGUAGAGAGAGAGCUCGACGCAGAGCGUGAGCAGAAUCGAAAACAGGGAAAACUGGAGACCCAGCUGCUGAAGGACGUUGCUCUGUUUGCACGGAAGCUGCGGAACCACGAGAAUGCAGAGAGCGAGAUGAGGGCCCAGCGUCGAUUGGAUAUGAAUCUCACCCGAGAGGAGUUACUGGAUGAGUUGGGCCGCUGUCGCUCAACCAUCAAUGAGUUGAGAGCGCGUAUAUCUGCUUUUGGUGCGGAUGAGUUUGCGCAGCAAAGGCAGCAAGUGAGGAACGAAGCGAGCAUAACCGAAGAACUGGCGUCCGCGCUUGAGGAGGCUCUCACCGCGAACGAGGUUCUGCGUGCAGAGAAGGAGGUUGCGCUUUUGGAGAAGAAGGCGCAGGAGGAGACAUAUGAGGCGGAGCUGCGCAGCCGCGUUGCUGAGAUGGAGCGGUUGACUGCUGCACUACACGAGCUGCAGGAGCAUGUAAACGUGCUGGGGAGGCGGCGCUCUCUCGAUGGGGGCUCGCAACGGUGA